GGGACAUAUGGUGUGGGCGGAGCCAGAGGCAGUGCUCGGGGCGGAAGCCCCAACCUUCUUCCCUGGCGAGUUAGAAGCUGCCCCUCACCGAGGUAAGAUGGAAUGGGUCGUGAGUCCCAAGCAUUCUCUACUACCUGGUUUUCGGGCGGCUGUGCGCGGACGCCUAGACCUGCGGUGGUGAUAGCAGCGGGGAAUGGUGACGAUCUCUGCACCCUUCCCGCCGCGGAGGAGAAUGGCGCUCAAACAGAUUUCCAGCAACAGGUGCUUUGGCGGGCUCCAGAAAGUUUUCGAACAUAGCAGUGUUGAGCUGAAAUGUAAAAUGAGAUUUGCUGUCUACCUACCACCCCAGGCCGAGAGUGGAAAGUGUCCAGCGCUUUACUGGCUGUCUGGUUUAACUUGCACAGAACAAAAUUUCAUAUCAAAGUCUGGCUAUCAGCAAGCUGCCUCAGAGCACGGCCUUGUGGUCAUUGCCCCUGAUACCAGCCCUCGUGGCUGCAAUAUCAAAGGAGAAGAUGACAGCUGGGACUUCGGCACUGGUGCUGGGUUUUAUGUGAAUGCCACUGAAGAUCCUUGGAAAGCUAACUACAGAAUGUACUCUUACGUCACCGAGGAGCUUCCACAACUCAUAAAUGCCAAUUUCCCAGUGGACCCACAGAGGAUGUCUAUUUUUGGUCACUCCAUGGGAGGCCACGGAGCUCUGAUUUGUGCUUUGAAAAAUCCUGGAAAAUACAGAUCUGUGUCAGCAUUUGCUCCAAUUUGCAACCCUGUGCUGUGUUCUUGGGGCAAAAAAGCUUUUAGUGGAUAUUUGGGACCAGAUGAAAGUAAAUGGAAGGCAUACGAUGCGACCUGUCUCGUGAAGGCCUAUUCGGGUUCCCAGAUUGACAUCCUAAUCGAUCAAGGAAAAGAUGACGAGUUUCUUUCAAAUGGGCAGUUACUCCCUGAUAACUUCAUAGCUGCCUGCACAGAGAAGAAAAUCCCUGUUGUGUUUAGACUACAAGAGGGUUAUGAUCAUAGCUACUACUUCAUUGCAACUUUCAUCGCUGACCACAUCAGACACCAUGCUAAGUACCUGAAUGCAUGAAAAGCCUCAGCCAAGAGAAUCUCAUCAGGAGGCCGGAAGGGAAUCAACAGGAGUGCUGACUUCCUCGCAGAAGAUCAUGCUCCUGCAGCUGAAUCGCUUUUCUGAAUAAAUAUAUCAAACUUUCUGGUUUAAAUUGUUAUUUUACCACCAUUCACGUAGGAGUUUAAUGCUUGGUAGGUUUUCUGAGUCAUUUGGAAUUCCCUGUUAAGUAGCCUCAAGCCAUAGACUGUGACUGCAGCUCUCUUGGUGGUGUAUGUUCAAGAACUUAAAGGGAAUUUAGCACAAGUUUUUCAUCCCAUCAGACGUUAGGCCACUAGCUCUUCUUACUGCGUACCUUUCUCUCCUGUCUGUCGAGGAUCUGAUUUCUAGAAGGCAAUGAUGGCCAGUCAUUAAGAGGAUAGGGAAACGGGCACAGGAGAGUCAGGCACACUGUCUGUGGCAGACUUCCUCAGUGCUAGUCCAGUUUUUUCUUCCUUGAUGAGCUGAACGCAUUUGUAAAUUUUGUUUGGGGGUUUGUUGAGUCUCUCAAGAUUAUAUAGUAAGACCCAAUCUGAAAAUAAUGUAAGGAGAUAAACUGUAUACUACUAUCAACAACUACUUUAUCUUAGUUACAUGGAGAAGUUUUUCUUAGUGAGCUCACAGAGAAAAGUCACUGGUCUCUGUAAAUACCCACACUGCUCCCCGAAAAGAUCAAUAGAUAAUGCUUUUUGAAACGUGCUAAGAAGCCAGUUCUUCUGUUAACACAAAGGUUGUGUCCUAUUUUGCCUUCCUUGUGUUUUAGGGUAAAACACCAUGACUAAAAGCAACAUAAGGAGGAAAAGGUUUAUUUGUCAGUCACUGAGGGAAGUCGGGGCUGGUAAUAGACAAGUGGGUACUCCUUACUGGUUUACUCUCCAUGCCUUGCUUAGCCUGCUUUCUUAGAGUAACCGGGACCACAUUCCCAGGGGCAGUACUGCCACAGUGGGCUAGAUCCUCUCAUAUCAAUCAAGAAAAGAUUUGCCUAACAGGACAAUCUAAUAAAGGCUAAAUUCUGUAGCUAU